UUUUUAUUUGUUUAUUUAACCUUUACCUCUAAAGUCCAUUGGCUUAAUCUCUCCAUUUUAAAUUCUUUGAUAAAAGUCAAUAUCUUUUAAAUAUUUUAGCAGUUUUCCUAUUUAUUUUUCCUCAUUUUGCAGGAUUUCUUAAAUUUCCGUUCCCAUUUGUACAUUUCCUCUUAUAUCAGUGUAUCUUCUACAUUCUAAUAAUAUGUGGUUCACUGUUCUGGGUACUUGGCAAUGUGUGCAAGUUGUGGCUUCUAAUCUUCGCAGGAGGUAUCCAUGGAAAAACUCAGUGUCCGAUUCUUAGGCGACAUAGUAUCACUUCUACUCUUCUAGACUUUCGGUUAAAUGUGUUCCAUUUUAUACAUUUUUUUUUUUUAUUUCUUGAAGUUUUACCGAACUCAUUUUCCAUUCACUGUUCCAUUUAUCUUGAAAAGAGAAGACAAGUUGGUGUGCCCAAUCUUCUCGAGGAAUGGUUUCAAUUAUUGUGGUUUGUGGAGUUUCUUGAUGCCAAACAGCAUUGGCAGCAGCAUCGGCUCUCUCCAGGGAUGACCAUCCCCCCACGAUGGCGCAAGAACCUACUCCCUCCCUCUCCCAAGAUAUUUUAUUGCUCAUUUUUCUUUAAAACAGAGCUAGGGAAUGUAGAAUUAUAGAGGGGAACAAACCGAUUUUUUUGUAGUAAUAGGUCAGCUUUUAGUGUCUUCUGAAAGGUUAUCUAUAUAUAUAUGAAAUAUAUAUGAAUAUUUCAGUAACCCGGUUUCAUACUCAAAUUCAUUUAUUUUCUUAAUGUGAUGUUCCGGAACAGUUUUCAAUCAUCAAACAUUAUAAUUAUUUUUUCUCUAUGGGAAGGAUACGAACUAUCGAUGGUCAUUAGAACUAACGAUAGGAUAGUUUAAAACUAUCAAUAUAUUGAUAGCACUAUCGAUUAUCGCCUAUCCCUAAUUUAUGCACAUCCAUUCCUUCAUCUCCGGAUCCGCCCUUAAUCGGUGUGGAGAUGGCUUUAGUGGUUGAGUGUGAAUACUGACCUCAUUACUUCUUUUUGUAAUCUUUGGUAAAGAAACAGUACUUUCAAAACAAGUUUUGAACCCAAGACCCAUUCUUAGUUUUGAUAAAGAUACAAUCACUGAGGGAAUAUUGUUUACAAUUUUACCUAUUAAAAUACUAGGUUCUUGGCUAUUUGGUGGCCGCUCAAAUGUCAAAUAACUACUCGACGGGCACGAAUCAUGAUCGCAAUCAUCUGGUUGAUCGCAGGGACAGUAACACUUCCCUGGGCAAUCUUCUUUGAACUGGUCAAGUAUGAUGAAAACAGUGACAUCAUGUUUUGUGUAGAACAAUGGCCCGAAUAUUUUAAUGGCCAUCUUUACUUUCUUUUUGGCAAUUUAUUGUUCUGUUACAUACUACCAAUGAUCCUCAUCACUCUGUGUUAUGUUCUUAUAUGGGUCAAGGUAUGUCAUCGGCACAUACCCAGUGACUCCAAAGAUGCUCAAAUGGAAAGAAUGCAGCAGAAAAGUAAAGUGAAAGUAGUUAAAAUGCUGGUAGUUGUCGUCAUCCUGUUUGUUCUUUCAUGGAUGCCUUUGUACAUCAUCGUAGCAAUGUAUAAAUUUGGGAGAAACAGAAGUGAGUGGGAAGAUGAAAUGCUGAAUGCACUCCUGCCAAUCGCACAAUGGCUCGGAGCUGCCAACUCCUGCAUCAAUCCUGUCCUGUAUGCUUUUUUUAACAACAAAUUUAGAAGAGGCUUUGCAGCAAUAAUUAAAAGUAAAAAAUGCUGUGGCACGCUUCGUUACUAUGAAACUGUUGUCCGUGCCAACUCCACCUCUACUAGUCUCAGGAAAUCUUCUUAUUAUGUGACAAACAACAACAAUAAUUCCUCCCGUAGGCAACUGAGCCUAGACACCAAUGUGUCUUACAUAUCAAAUAACUCAGGGGUCUGAGUGCUCUGUUACCUAAUCAAUUGUGGAUUCCAUUAUUAUAAAAGCGCUUGGUAAAAGCGUGAAAAUUGUGGCUCCAAGAAGCUGAAUAAAGAAACAGGGUAAUCACGGUCCAAACCGAAACACAUGACACAGCUCAAACUUGGAGAUUGCCCAAGAGAAGAUUCUCACAACUUUACAUCAACUUAAAAGAAAUAGAUCUCUUAAUGGUUUCAACUUAAGACCUUCAAAAUAUAAUCUUUCAAUGCUAUAUUUUUAUCUGACACGUGUUUUACCUCCAUUCUUGUAAAAGCC